AUGGCAGACGAGGGACCCCAGCUAACACUGGUCGGGAAGAAAUCACUGGGGGAAAAAUGCAAACACACCACCCUGGCGUACUGUCCCUCGAUGGACCUGGUCGCCUUGGUGACUACAGAUGAAGAACUGCGCGUGUUCCGCCUAAAUGGACAGCGUGUGAUCGACACGUCAUUUCCGGGUGAUGCCUGGUUAGACUUGGAGGAUGAGAAGGGCGAAGUGAGGACGUUGGCGUGGAAGGCGAACGGUCAUCUUCUUGCAGUCGCCUGUGGAGAUGCGUCUCUUCGCGUCCUCAGUGCAUACAGCGGCAAGACUGUCCAUCAUUAUCAAGCAUAUAACAAGCAUAUCGCGGAAGAUCUCUCUCCUAGUGAGCACACAUUGCCGAAGAUAACUUGCUUGGGCUGGGGCAUGAACUUCACCGAUAGCAAAGCCGCUCAACAGCAUCUACAGGAGUCGGGUGGUCAGGUCACUCUGGAGGAGCUGUUAUGCGUAACGCCCAGCGUUAAACCGUCCAAGGCUCUUCUCAAAGCCAAUUUGCCUCGAGAACUGGCUCUCUUUGAUGCUGACAACUCACUACCGAAGCUGAGUGUUCUUCCCACAUCGGCGCGGGGAAAUGAUCUAUUCAGCUCGCGGGCCUCUAUUGACGCCAUUUUCCACUCUGUCGUGAAGGAUACCAGCGACACAGUGGAUGUUCUGGUCACCGGGUUCAACAACGGCAGUAUUCAUCUGCGUAUCUUUGACUGCUUCGAGAUCGGCUCAAUUCCUGUUGGCGCUUCGACCGAGCCAGCAGAGCCGUGCAGCGUUAUUCGUCACGCCUCGCAUCCCUUGAGCUCAACGCAUGCUUUGGUAAUUUCACCAGACCCAUCGAAGUCACCGUCACCAUCUCCGUUGAAGCUCGUGACCUUAGACUUGCGGUUCAUCACGAAAUCCGGACGGUAUCUAUCUCUACUGGCGUCGAAGACGACCCAACUGCAGAACUUGCUUCGCUAUAUCGGGCAAGUCCAACACACUAUCGAGAUGGAAUGGAGAACCGCCCAAGAACUACCGGCGCGAUUUUUGCGGACGGUCAAUAUGGACUUGGAGGAGCAUUGCCAGUGCGAUUUUGUCACGGCUAUCUAUCAUCUCCUUGUUUUUGGUCACUGCUUUGCCCCGAUGAGGGAGUUCCUUGUGGACAUUGUUGGCGAUAGGGGACACAAGAGGUGGGAAAAGGCAGUUGCUGGGGGCUACGAGACGAUUCGUCGACUGACGCACGAAUGUCUGCUUCCAGCCCUGGAGCGGAGUCAAAUCCUUCUCGGUCGACUGAUCGGUCUCUCGAAGUUUAGUAAACUCAGCGACGUCCUUGGCCUGGAUACCCCAAAGCUGAACGGCAUCGCCGAGACACUGUCUUGUCUCCAUGUUCUCGCCCAACGUAUCCUCGGUCACGCCAAUGACGAACUGGUCCAAUUUGCUGCUUUCUCCAGGUGGCUUUAUCAUGAGAUUGCCAUCCUCAACGCCGAACCCUUAUCUCAAACUCUGGAAGAUCUCGCCGAGAAACGAGAUCAGUUCAACCUCCCUCUCACGACGAAGUACAUCAAAGGGGCUCUUCAAAAAAGUGUCCUGCGCAAUUUCAUCCGCCAAUUACCCAUUAUGGGUGUACCUAGCAUAAAGCCAACUCCCCCUACAGACAAAUGGCUUCCAGAUGGACAUGACGGCUCGUUCUAUGACCAAUUCAUGUCCCUGCUUGAUCAGCAGCGCCAAGCACAAGACCAGGGAGGGGACGGGACGAGUGUUGACUCGCCGAAAAUGAGCGACUUGACGAGGCGCCUUGGAAAACAAUUCGAUAGGGUGUUUGAGGAGAUCGCGCUGACGCAGCGAAGAAGCAUUUUGAACCAUUGCCCGUUGGUAUUGCACUCUGAUUGUGAGGAGGAAGUACUUGAUGCGGAGGUUUGCUAUGAAGAUGCCGAACAAGGAAAUCCUUGUUCUAUUUACGUUGUGAGUCGUUCGCGCAGCUCACAUUCAUCGUUCUACAUCUACCGCACGGUCCUGGACUCUGUCAACGGGGUCAGCUCUACGAGAAGCACCUCUGUAGCGGCAGUUUCUUUCGAAGAAGGCGAAAUUCUCCAACUCCGGUUUGUGAAUGACAACACCAUUGCUUUGCUGUGGAGAACUACUGGUGAGUAUACCCUUAAUUGCUGGUUGAGCAAUAAUCCCCAUUCCCAGGAUGCUAAUCAACGACUAGAACGAUCAUACUUCCUCAAUUUUCCCUUCCAACCUACUUCUGUACAAUCACAGCCCAAAGAACAAGAAGAGCCGACCACUCUGUUACUCGACUACAUCGAAUGCGAUUCUAACCCGGUCACGCCCGGGCCGAAUGUCCCAACCACACGAUUUGAUUUGUCUUCUCUCAAUAAGGCGGGCGCGGUUCGACAUGUAUUCAAUUCGGCUGGUGCUCAGACGAACCCAAUCUGGAUGGAUGUCAAUGUACGCAAGGGCCGCCGGCCAGUCUGCGUGCUCUACGAAGACAAGAGCCGAUAUGAUGUGUUCGACUUGGAUGGUGCUAUUGAGAAGGAAGAUGACGAACAGGUCGAGGAAGAUAAGGAGAAUGUCGAUCGAUCAUGGGUUCAGGAAACAUGA